AUGCAGGUGAACAUGCUAGCCACAGUCGUCCUGGCCGCCUACUUCGGUGUCCUUGUGGGACUCUCCGCUUGGUCCAGCCGACGAGGAAAGAAGAGAACCGCGAAACUCGCACAGUUGACAUAUGGCAGCCCCUACGAUGAAGCAUUGAGUCCCGGCUUCGUGAGGUUGCUGCUCGCGAACAGGAACGUUCCGCUCUGCCUCGGCCUCACCUCAAUGACAGUGACCUGGAUCGGAGGAGGCUUCGUCAGCGGCACAGCCGAGGCCGUCUACGUGCAUGGCCUGCUCAGCACCCAAGUCCCCAUUGGCUACACGAUAAGCCUGAUAUUUGGCGGCCUGUUCUUCUCGCACAAGAUGCGCGCGACACGCUCGCUGACGAUGUUGGACCCGUUCCAGCAGCAGUACGGCCGCUGGAUAGGCCCGCUCUUGUGCCUGCCUGCGCUGGCCGGAGAACUGUUCUGGUCGGCAUCGGUCUAUGCGGCACUAGGUCAGGCGGCGGAGGUGGUCGCGGGCUUGAGUGGCUCAAUGAUCAUCGUUCUGUCCUCGCUGAUCGUCGCACUGUGCACUUGUCUCGGAGGCCUGCCUACGGUCGUGAGAACGGACGCCUUGCAUUUGUUUGCGGCGUUCGUCGGAUUGUGGGUGUGUGUACCGUUCUGCAUGACCACCAAAUUCGCGAACAACGAGGUAGCGGCGGCCGACGCAAGCAGCGAUGCGGCGCUGUACUCAAUACCGGAGAUGGUGGAUCGUUUCUUCUCACUCGUGUACGGAGGCAUACCGUGGCAGGUAAUGCUGUGGGCGCGAUUAAUUAGAAACAUUGGAUGGCAAACGUGGUCGAAGUUUAACGAUGCAAUACCAACAAGCCCACCGAACCAUCCUCUUGAACGAUCACAGAGACAGCGCAAAACCCAGGUCUACUUCCAGCGCGUGCUCAGCUCUGCCACCGUGUUCGACGCCCAGAUGCUCUCCUACGUGUCGGCUGUCGGGUGUCUGAUGUUCGCAGUGCCGCCAAUACUAAUCGGUUCCACCUCUAGGCGCGCUAAUUUCACAGCGGCGGGCUACCCGGGUCCCGCACGACUGCGGCCGCAAGACCAGGCGCGCGUGCUGCCCUUGGCCAUCCGCUACCUGUGCCCGGGACUCGUGUCCAUGAUGGGAAUGGUCGCCAUCGUCGGUGCUGUCAUGUCGUCGGCCGACUCGUCGGCGCUCAGCGCUUCGACGCUCGUCGACCAGAAACGUCUACCAGUGCCUCUUCAAGCCGACGGCUAGCGAACGGGAGCUGGUCAAGGUGCUGCGACUCGCUGUGUGCGUGGCCACCGCUGCCGCCAUGAGCACGGCGCUCUCGGUCAGUUCAGUGUUCGCGCUGUGGACGGUCUCUUCAGAGAUGGUCUACGUGCUGCUGUUCCCGCAGCUGAUUGGCGUCUUCUACAUGCCCAAAUGGACCAACUCCUACGGAUCCGUCGCCAGUACGUUG